AUGCUUACGGACGACGCGCUUGACACGCACUUCACCUUCGAGGACGCCCUCCCGCAGGAGCCGCCGCGGAAGGAGAAGCGGCUUGAGAUCUGUCAGGACUAUCAAAAAGGCCGGUGCCGCCUAGGGGAUUCCUGCCCACAGCGCCACAUCCUUUCCGACUACCGCACCGUGCAAACCCGGGUGUGCAAGCAUUGGCUCCGCGGCGCGUGCGUCAAUGGCGAGAACUGCCUCUACCUUCACGAGUACGAAAACCGCUUCGUCCCACUCUGUGCCUUCUACGAGCGGCUUGGCGAGUGCACGAACCCGGAGUGUCCUUUUGUGCACGCACAGCCGCAGGAGAAGCUGCCGGAGUGCGCCGCGUACCGCCGUGGCUUCUGUCCGCUCGGGCCGGCGUGUAAGCUCCGCCACGUCGAGCGCCGGGCGUGUGCGUUUUACCUGGCGGGGUUCUGUCCCCUCGGCCCACGGUGUCCACUCGGGCAUCCGAUCCAAGAGCUUCACGACCGCGUCUCGGUGUUCAACCGGAUCCUUGACCGCAUGAUCGUUCAGCGCGCCGACGACCCCAGCUUCAACCGCACUGCCACUUGCUACCGCCCGGGAUGCUUUGAUCCUGGGCACCUCGCGCCGAACUGUCCAGGGCCGCAGCACAGCGUCCUGCAUCGGCACCUCAAUCAGCUCCAGGAGCCCGGGCAACGAGUGAGCGCGAUGGAGGGCGAGGUCCGUGGCGGCCCCCGGCGCUGCUACCUCUGUGGGCAGGAGGGGCACCAGGUCAAGGACUGUCCGAUGAACACGAGAACGCAUCGUGGACGAAAGUUCCGCGGCGCGCGCCGAUGA